AUGCAUAUCGAAUCGAUUCCUAUGUGGGAGGGCACGGGCAAUAACUACGCCUACUUGGUUUCAGACGAGAAGACCAAAGAUGCCGUUAUCAUCGAUCCCGCCAACCCAUCAGAAGUGCUGCCGUCUUUGAAGAAGGCUGUGGACAGCGGCAUCAAGCUCAACAGCAUCGUCAACACUCACCAUCACCACGACCAUGCCGGCGGUAACGCUGAAGUGCUCAAAACGUACCAAAUUCCCAUCGUAGGCGGGAAAGACUGCGACAAGGUCACGAAGACACCAAGCCAUGGCGAGACUUUCAAGGUUGGCAACAUCAACGUCAAAGCUCUGCACACACCAUGCCAUACUCAAGAUAGUAUCUGCUAUCUCUUCGAGGACGGCAACGAUCGAGCUGUGUUCACCGGAGACACUCUGUUCAUUGGAGGCUGUGGCCGAUUCUUCGAGGGAACACCGGAGGAAAUGGACGCCGCUCUAAACAAGACUCUAGCGGCACUAGCUGACGACACCAAGGUCUUCCCGGGCCACGAGUACACUAAAGGCAACAUCAAGUUCGGCAUCAAAGUCAUACAAUCAGAACCCAUCAAGAAGCUCGAAGCUUUUGCAAAUUCGAACAAGCAGACACAGGGCAAGUUCACGAUCGGAGAUGAGAAGCAGUUCAACGUCUUUAUGCGGCUGGACGAUCCCGCCGUACAGAAGUUCACCGGCAAGACCGAUCGCAUAGAUGUUAUGUCGGCUUUGAGAGAGGCGAAGAACUCCAUGUGA